CUGACGGUCGUGUCAAGUCAGUCAAUCGAUGGUGCAGCUGCCGAGCGGAAAAACGGGCGAAAAGAUUCGUAAAUUGGCACCAACGAGAGACACAAACUUCACCGUAACACAUAAACCCGAAAGAGGAAUAAAACUGUGCCAGGCCCUACACCAAGUGUAACUCAGGGCAGCCGCGAUGUCAGGGUCCUACGAUGACUCCAUGAUCGAUGUCUCCAGUGAUAGCUUCUGGGAGGUUGGUAACUACAAGCGGACGGUAAAACGGGUAGAUGAUGGACACCGACUCUGUAAUGAUCUGAUGAAUUGUAUUCAUGAGCGGGCUCGUAUUGAAAAGGCUUACGCACAGCAGCUCACAGAGUGGGGGAAGCGAUGGAGACAACUCAUAGAAAAAGGUCCUCAGUACGGUACAUUGGAGCGGGCGUGGUCAGCUCUGUGCACAGAGGCGGAGAAGGUGAGCGAGCUCCACAUGGAGGUGAAAUCGGCCCUGAUGGGAGAAGACUACGAGAAGCUGAAGAACUGGCAGAGAGAUGCCUACCACAAACAGAUGAUCGGCGGCUUCAAAGAGACAAAAGAGGCAGAUGACGGCUUCCGAAAGGCUCAGAAACCCUGGGCGAAGAAACUCAAAGAGGUGGAGACGAUGAAGAAGUCUUACCACUCUGCAUGCAAAGAGGAGAAGCUAGCAGCCAGCAGGGAGACAAACAGCAAACUGGAGAGCAACAACAACCCCGAAGCCCAAAAGAAGCUCCAGGAAAAGGUGGAGAAGUGUCAGCAGGAGGUGCAGAAGACUAAAGAACGCUAUGAGAAAUCCCUUGAAGAGCUCGACAAAGUGACCCCUCAGUACAUGGAGAACAUGGAGCAGGUGUUCGAGCAGUGGCAGCAGUUUGAAGACAACCGCAUCCGCUUCUUCAGUGAGCUGCUGCUGGAGGUGAAACAGCACCUCGAUCUAUCAACCAAUCACAGAUUCCAAACGGUGUACCACACGCUGGAAGACACGGUCUCUGCUACUGACGCUGAAGAUGACCUGAAAUGGUUCCGGUCCAAUCAAGGCCCAGGGAUGCCAAUGAACUGGCCUCAGUUUGAGAAUUUGGACUGGUCCCACCCUCGCUCCUUUAAGAGAAGGUCCAUUGUAGACUGGUCCAUAGACCUGAACCGAACCCUCAGCAGACGAGAAAAGAAGAAACCAUCAGAGGGCGUCACUCUGACAGGCAUCAGUCAAACUGGGUCAGAUCAGCCUGUGCAGCCUGCCAAGACCAGCAGCAGCCUCACUGUGCCUAAAACAGCGCCAGUUGGCUCAAACCCCUUUGAAGAUGAUGAAGAGGAAGACGAUGAGGAGGAGGAGGAGGAGGAGGCAGUGGAGCAGCAGACCACAGUCAACCACAUCAGUGUGAAUAAAGAGGAAAUAAAAACUGCGAGCAGUGUGGAGAAGACUCCUGACUGGUCAGAUGAAGACACAAGCGUAAACCCUUUCUCAACUAACGGUGAUGGGAAUCCAUUUGAAGAGGAGCCGGCUUCUCCGGUCGUAUCUGUACCGGUCAGAGCCCUCUAUGACUAUGAAGGACAAGAGCAGGACGAGCUCAGCUUCAAAGCAGGGGAUGAGUUCACCAAAAUUGGCGAGGAAGAUGAUCAGGGUUGGUGCAAAGGUCGGCUCAAGGAGGGAAAAACCGGCCUCUAUCCUGCUAACUAUGUUGAAGACAUCCAGUAAUGAAUCAUCACGUAAAUUAAAAAAUGUGAAGGAAGAAGAAAGUGGUGUUUUGGGAAAUGACAGUGCGGCUGGAAACAUGAAAGCUCUGCCUCAUUUUUUUUUAACCGUUUCCUCCCUGUUAGUAAAGACUGGACUGCUGUGGGAGAUGGACCGAGAGAUUAUGAAUGGACCACUCAAAAUCUUGUUGCUCGUCACAGAUUGACCCUCAUAGAAACUUAGUACAAAAGAUGGAAAUAAACCACAAGUUUCCAGAUUCAAGGGGAGGAGGAGCUCAGAGAAAAAAAAAAUGCUGUCAGUGUAAGAUAUGUUGUGUUACUUAAAAAUCCCAUUUAUGCUGUUACAAAAAAAAUACAAGCUUUUCAAGUAUAUAUUAGAUACGAUUCAAUGAGAUUUGUGUGAAUUUAUGUAUUGUUUAAACGAAAACACUGGGAUGACAGUCUAAUUGUGUGGCGAUGUUACAUGCAGCCUUGAUAUGCAGCCUUGAUAUGCAAGCCACUAUGGAUUCAUUAAGGGAGAGGACCUUCUUUAUAAUGACCUGCUCUGUGCCUGAUCAAAUCUAGUCCAGAAAUGUAAAUCCUUUCAUUUUAGUGGACAGAGUAGUCCCUUAUGUUGAGAUAAUUGUGCCAGAUUGAAAGUGAUUUUUUUAGUGCUUACAUAGUUUUGCCAUUCUUUUCAGGGUUUUGUUAAUACACUCAGUUCAUUCACUGUUCUGGUUAGAUUUUGGAAUAAUGGCGAUCAAAGGAGCCAUAUCCUGGCAUAGUCUACAUUAGUUCACUGGCAUUGAAUGUAUAAUCACUGAUUGUAUUUUCUCACUUCUUGAUUGUUCACUUUUGCUUAUGUUAGGGUUUUGUUUGUUUUGCAGCCACCGGCAUGGGCUACGUUUCAUGCAACACUGAAAAUCUCUCCCACGUUUAUCGCACUUGAAUCGCCAUGUCUAAUCCUCUCACUUCUUUUUAAAUGUCAAGGUAUGGGAGAGUAUAUUUUUAGUGUAUGUUAUAUGCAAUAAAACAACAGUUGAGUAUGGUAUCACAUACAUUCAUGUAAAUAGCCUCAAUGAGACGUAUUAGAACAAAUUGAGGGUGAAAAUCAGAUCAUACGUAGUUGGAAGUUGAUGAUUGUUAAUUUAUGAUGCCACAAGUGCUUUUGUUCUACUCUUGUUAGAAUGCUGUGACUGAAAAUCAAUUUGUAUAGUAAUUGAAUAUUUUAUGGCAAAUAUCCCUGAAAUCUGUUAUUUUGUUACAUUUGUAAAUAUGAUUUUUUUUUUCCUUCAUUGAGGAGCCUAAUUAAUUAGAUAAUAGCAUAUAAAUACUUCUGAAUUAUAUUCUUGGAGCUCUGACACAAAUGGAUACAGCUGAUGAAAUUACCUUAAUACAUGAUACAUUUUGAUCAUCAAGUAUUUAGACCGCUCGCAUGUUUUGUAGGGAUGAACUGCUGGUUUUUGAUUUGUGCAAGCUCCAACUUCAUCCCCAGUGUAACGAUGAAAUCAUUGAAAAAAUGCUGUUUUAAUGCCUUCAACUGCAGCAGGAGAGGAGGACAGGAUAUUUUUGCAUUUAUUAAUUGUGAGAAAGGAGAUGUCGUGCUCAUGUUUUCAGGGCCUGCUGUCGUUGACACGCAGCAACAGGUGUACUUGCACAGUAAGGUUUGUAAAUGUUGUCUCACAACAUAAUAAAUGAAUUUAUUGGAAAAACA